CGGAUGAGCUGCGCAUGCGUGCGUCUUGCCCUGGCCGGUAGGGGGCGCUCGAGCUCGCCUUGGGGCUGUCAAAAUGGCGGCGCUAAGGAGGCAGCAGGCCUUCACAGAUGACGCCAGUCUCCCGUCAAGAAGUUCUUGGCCUUUACCGUAAGAUAUUCCGCAUCGCCAAAAAAUGGCAGUCGGCAUCUGGGCAGAUGGAAGAGACCAUAAAAGAAAAACAGUAUAUUAUAAAUGAAGCCAAAACAUUAUUCCAAAAGAAUAAAAAUCUAACAGAUCCUGAAUUGAUCAAACAAUGUAUAGAAGAGUGUCAGGCAAGAGUAGAGAUCGGGCUACACUACCGCAUCCCAUAUCCAAGGCCUAUUCACCUGCCUCCCAUGGGCCUUGCUCAGCAACAAGGCCGAGCCUUUCGACAUCAAGAGAAGCUGAGGAAACUCUCCAAACCGGUCUACUUGAAAUCCUAUGAUGAAGUCUCAUAACCCAAGGGCAGACUUUUGCCCCCGUCACCCUGGACUGCUUGGCAGAUGGAUUUCACUUCUAAACAGAACUGGACAGUUAACCCUUCGUGAUGCAUUUCCUCCAAGCCCUAAUUGGCAGUAAGUGACAACCUAAGGAAACUCUCUUGGAUUUGGUAAGAGUCAACCACUGACUCAUCAAUAAAAGUAAAAAAGUUAGAUCAUCAAGCGCACAAUGUUGUGAAAACUGUCUGGUAGGCAUUAUGCAGAAGAUGGGUGUAUCAUAGUAUCCCUUAAUGUUUACCAAAGUUUCAGUUUCAUCUUAGAAGUCUAUUGCAGGGUACAGAAUGCAUACUUCUAGAGUCUAUUGAACUGCAACUCCCAAUGGUCAUACCCAGCUUAGGUAAGUCAUAAUGGGAGUUGCAGUUCAACAAUAUCUGGAAUUUAUUUAUUUAUUAUUUAUUUAUUUACAGCAUUUAUAUACCGCUUUUCUCACCCCUAGGGGGACUCGAAGUGGUUUACACAUAGAUAAUGGCAAAAAUUCAAUGCCUUACAACUACAAUAUUGAAACCAUACUUUAAACAUAAAUCAUAUUAAAAACAGUACAUCAUCAAAUAUCAAAACAGUUAUUAAAACCAUAAAACAUUCUCAUCAGUCGAGUCGCUGUUCCAGUCCUUGUCCUACUAAAAGCUGCAUACCUCUAUUGUCCGAAGGCCUGGUCCCAGAACCACGAUUUUAAUUUUUUUCUAAAGGUCAGGAGCGAGGGAGCAGAUCUUACCUCCUUUGGGAGUGUGUUCCAUAGGCGGGGGGCCACAGCCGAGAAGGCCCUGCUCCUCGUCCCCGCCAGCCGCAUUUGCGCUGUUGAUGGGAGCGAGAGCAGGGCCUCCCCAGAUGAUCUUAAAUUGUGAGGUGGGACGUACGGGCAGAUGCGUUCAGACAAGUAAGCUGGGCCUGAACCGUAUAUUUCAAUUUCAAAUAAUAAUUACUGGCCUUACAAAUCACCUGUAAUUUGCCAUUCAUGUUCCUGCAAACACUAUAGAAUGCAAUGGUAAUGAUCCAAACUUAUGCCUGCUCCUUCUGAACAAACCUCUAAGGAUGCUUGCCACAGAUGCAGGUGAAACGUCAGAAAAGAAUGCUACUAGAACAUGGCCAUUCAACUCAAAAAACUCACAGCAGCCCAAUAUCUGGAAUAUUGCAUUGUCUCUAGUCUGAUGAAAUCAUGAAGCUGCAGUUCACUUACCAGAAAGCAAUUCCCACAUGGGACAUAGUUCUAAGCAAGCAGACAAGUAUGCAUAACAUAUUGUCACCUUUGAAAAAGAAGUACCGUUCCUCAUUUUUUUUCAGGCUUUAGGUUCAAGAUUCAUACCUGAAACUGCACAGUUGCCUCCAAAGCAAGAGUUUGGGUAGCAUUACAUUCCGCUCAUGUGGCAGUUAAUACGGGGUAGCCAAAGCCCCUUCACUUGAUUGUAGAAUGGUACAAUCUAUAGCAUCUCCACAUGGACUCUGCUCAUCUGCCUUUAUGAUAAUAAUAUCUGUCAACAAGACUUGGAUUAAAUAGGCAGAUAUUUUGAAAGCAGAAGUUGUAAUUGCUUGCUCUAUCCAAGAUUUCUAUAUAGAACUUUAGAAAGUUAUCUUUUAAUCUACCAUUCCUGGAACCCUCGAGCCAACAUGCUUACUGGCUGUGGUUUCUGAGAGAUUCGUGGCACCGUCCUCCAGAAAAGGAACUUUUCCAAACUCUGUCCCUUUGGAAAAAUUGUUCUUUAUUAAGGCAGAUUUCUUUCUUGCAUUGCCUUUGUGAAAUUAAAUUAAUUAAGGGAAAUUAAAAUUAAUUUUCCAUGGGUCACAUCAGUUUCUUUCAUUGUUGUUAAAUUCACUGAUACACACUUUGUUUAUGAUGCAUAUAGCCACAGUUGGGGAUGCAAAAGUUACUGAAAUCCUUCUCUUUGAGCUGCAUUAGUCAGCUAAAAUGCUUGGACAUACUGCACUACAGAUGGAGUAAAUGAAGGGAUUGUGUGGCCUCCUUUGCUGACUUAGUAUUACAAAUGAGGUACAGCACAUGCUGAGGAAGAACGCCCAGCGUUGCAGGCAACUCACUGGAUGGCUCCAGGCAGUCAUGAGGGAUUACUCUGGAGCCUCCAGAGCAGGUAGCUCCUGGGAAAAUGUCAUUUCACUCUUAAUACUCUUUUCUUUGCUACUCACUCUCAUAAAUAAAUCUAUUAACAUUUAGAAACCAAAUGACUAAUUUCAUCUGAAUGAUUAAUUGCAUUCUACAGGAUCCAGGUCAAACUAGCCGUAAGUUUGCUGCUGUUUGAUGCUGUGUAAUCCACAUUAUAUAGUGAUAUAUUUUCACUUGUCUGAUGUCGUACAUUUUGUCAGGGCUUUCUGAAAGCCUUCUUCUUUGAAAAUGGAAUUAACUAUUGAAUUUGCAGCUGUUCAGAUAUUACCUUUGAAAAAAGACUCCACCUAAGCAGGUAAUCUUCUUACAAUUAAUUAAAUGAAGGAGGGAAGGUAAAACCAAAAAUAGCCACCUACAGACAGACCAAGAAAGAGGAAGUGGUGCACAGCAGUCUUCCCAACCUCGUGCUUUCCAAAUGUAUUGAAGGUUACCUUCCAAAGUUCAUUAGACAGCACUGCCAGAGUGGACCGAAGAGUACAAACACAGCUGGCUUACUUUGAAAGCAGCUGUUAUACUCCAGAAACUUUGUUGUUGUGGCUGCCACAAACAGACCUCACAACCUCUUAGGGCGCCUGCCAUAGAUGCAGGCGAAGCGUCAGGAAAGAAUGCUUCCAGAACAUGGCCAUACAGCCCAAAAUACUUACAACAACCCUAUGAUGAAUUGGCUGAGGCUCUAUGAGAUGUUCAUUGAAAAGCUAUAGGAAAAUGUGCUGCAGGAUGUCCCACAAAAACAAAGAUUUUGCAUUUCAAUAAACAUUUUCCAUGUUUUUAUGAUUGAACCAAUUAGGAAAUGGCAUGUAUAAUCCAAGAACAAAAAUUGUGAUACAAAGCGUAAUCAUCAAGUAGGUUAUCCGCUUCCAAUAUGGUUCAUGUAUCACCUUAUUAAAAACUACAGGCUCUGAGAAAGUAUCCUGUGGAGUCUAACUGUGCAUGCUAAGUCAGAAGAGCAAUCUGCCAAUGCUUUGGAUAGUCUUCUAUGACACCUAACCAGCAGAAGCUGUGUUCCUUGAGCUGGAGUUUUGCUCCAAAGAUAUCUGGGGAAAGCUUGGAAUAGAUAACAUUGUGCCAGAAGGACUUGUGGUGACCCUAAGACAAAUCUAACACAUAGUUUUCUGGGCACAGCCUGUUCAGGGGGAGUUUGGCCUUACCACCUUCUGAACCUGAAACAGUAUGGCGUGCCCAAAGUCACCCAGUGGGUUUCCAUAAGCAGGUGAGAUUUGAACCUUGGUCACGCAGUGACCUAUACCAACCACUACACUAUGCUGGCUUUAUGGAAGAUCUAACAUUGUUCGUUAUUAUGCAUGUUCAUUUUAGAAAUGAAUGUCUAUUGAAGCAGG